CACAAAUAAUUUGGAAUGAAUCCAGAUCGAUCAGAGAAGAGAUUUGUUUUAUUGUGGUAACCUCUAAUCAAAGACAUGAAUUUUCUGUAACUUGUUCUCAGAGGAAAGUUGUGCAGUACGAAUGUUUUAUGAAUUAAAUGAAAACACCCACGACGAUCCUUACACCCUUCUCACACAUUCUCAGAAUAUUUGCAAAAUAACUGUCCUACUCAAUCCACCUAUGCAAUUAACUUUCAGCAUUACUGUUAAGAAACCUAGUAUUCUUAUUCUUACAUGCUAAGCUUUGGCAAUUCUGUUUCUUGUUGUUAAAGUCAAUCACAUUGAAACCCUAAUGCUAUAAUAUUGAGCUGUUGGCCUGGGGGGAACCACUUGUUUUAUUUUUCAGUCCUGGCAAGAGCAAUCUAUGAUGGAGCAGCCUUCAUAUUCCAGAACCACCGUUGAUGAAUUACAAAGUCUGAUAGGAAGAUCAGAUCUUGCUGAGAGGCAACCCAGGGUGGAGAGGAAGCUAAUGCAUUAUUCUAGCUUGCAAACCAUUCUGUUAGUCGGAGAGGGCAAUUUCUCAUUUUCUUCAGCUUUAGCUACUGCUUUUGAAUCUGCAGAAAACAUCGUCGCCUCCUCAAUUGAUAGUGAAGAGAAAGUCUUGAGGGUUUAUGAUAGAGCUCGUAGUUUAAUUGAGAACUUGGAAAGUCGUAAAGCAUUGGUACUGUAUGAGGUGGAUGCAACCAGACUGCAUGAAAUUGAAGAUCUAAGCGGGAGGAAGUUUGACAGAAUUGUAUUCAAUCUCCCUCAUGCAGGCUAUUUUCCCGGUGGGGAACGCAGCAAAAAGGCCAUAAAAAAGAACAAACAGUUGGUGAGCAUGUUUUUGGAAAGUGCUGCCAAGUUCUUGAGCUCGUUUGGAGAAAUCCAUAUUUCUAACAAGGUGGGGCCAUCCUACAGAAAAUGGAAUUUAGAAGGAGAAGCAGAAAAGUAUGGGCUAUAUUUGAAGGAGUCUGUUCGUUUUCGAAAAACAGAUUAUCCUGGUUAUAUGAAUAAAAGGGGAAGUGGAGCCAGGAUCAAUAGAACCUUCCGUCUGGGAGAGUGUAAAACUUAUAUGUUCUCGAAGGUCUGAUUGGCAUGCACCUGUUGUGUAUGCCGUGCCUUAUCAUGCAAAGGCAUGGACUGACUGGUGCUUUGUUAUCUUCAGUCAUAAAAUGAAUUACUACGAGUCUUGCCAUAAACAUUCAUAUGAUUAUGGAGUAGCAAACUGCUUAAACAGCAAUUUGAAAUAUAUUGUUAUGGUUACACUUGAAAUUUUUAAGUCGAUACUGUAAUGAUUUUGAUUUUUUAUGUCUGGCGAACCAUUUGUAAGGCCUUAUUUGUUGA